UAAGAAUCUUAAGAACAGUCCAUCAGAGAGUGGCUACGGUCACAGCGGCCUCUUUGGACGAAGACUUACUUGGAGUAGAGCAUUCUUACUCUUCUCGGUGUCAGCUUUUAUUAGUGCUUUGGGGCGCGGGAGGGGGCCAGAUCGGCAGACACCGGCAGCCUCUGACCCUCCGGAGUUGGUAUGUGAUAAGCAGCCCUAGCAGUGCCAUGUAUUGGAAAAGCGAUCAGAUGUUUGUGUGUAAACUAGAAGAAAAGGACGUGCCGGAGCUGGCAGUUCCCCCUGAGAAGUGCCAGGGGCUCAUGUCGGAGGAGUGCGGGCGGACGGCAGCCCUGGCGGCCGGGAGGAGUCGGAAAGGCGCCGGGGAAGAGGGACUGGUGAGCCCCGAGGGAGUCGGGGACGAGGACUCCUGCUCCUCCUCGGCCCCGCUGUCCCCGUCGUCCUCGCCCCGGUCCAUGGCCUCGGGCUCCGUCUGCCCCGCUGGCAAGUGUGUGUGCAACAGCUGCGGCCUGGAGAUCGUGGACAAGUACCUUCUCAAGGUGAAUGACCUGUGCUGGCAUGUUCGGUGUCUCUCGUGCAGUGUUUGUAGGACCUCCUUAGGAAGGCAUACCAGCUGUUAUAUUAAAGACAAAGACAUUUUCUGCAAACUUGACUAUUUCAGAAGGUAUGGAACUCGCUGCUCUCGUUGUGGGAGGCACAUCCAUUCUACCGACUGGGUCCGGAGGGCCAAGGGGAACGUCUAUCACCUAGCGUGCUUUGCCUGCUUUUCUUGCAAAAGACAACUUUCCACGGGAGAGGAGUUUGCUUUGGUGGAGGAGAAAGUUCUUUGCAGAGUGCAUUAUGACUGCAUGCUGGAUAAUUUAAAAAGAGAAGUGGAAAAUGGUAAUGGAAUAAGUGUUGAAGGUGCCCUCCUUACAGAGCAAGAUGUUAAUCAUCCAAAACCGGCAAAAAGAGCUCGGACCAGCUUUACCGCAGAUCAGCUCCAGGUUAUGCAAGCACAAUUUGCUCAGGACAACAACCCAGAUGCACAGACUCUCCAGAAACUGGCAGAAAGGACAGGCUUGAGCAGACGUGUGAUACAGGUGUGGUUUCAGAACUGUAGAGCGCGCCACAAGAAACACGUCAGUCCUAAUCACUCCUCCUCUGCCCCAGUCACAGCAGUCCCACCCUCCAGGCUGUCUCCACCCAUGUUAGAAGAAAUGGCUUAUUCUGCCUACGUGCCCCAAGAUGGGACAAUGUUAACUGCGCUGCAUAGUUACAUGGAUGCUCAUUCACCAACAACUCUUGGACUCCAGCCCUUGUUACCCCAUUCAAUGACACAACUGCCAAUAAGUCAUACCUAAUUCCUUUUUUUCAGGGAUAGAAAUGAUUAAGGAUAUAAACUUGUCACUUAUUAUGUAUAAAAUACCAUUGAAAAGAUAUUAAUGUUAAUUUUUUAUUUAACACCCAAAGCAUUUCCAACAUCAUUUUGCUGCCCAGGUAUGUAUCUCUAGUUGGCCUGCAAGACACUUUUAUUGAUGCUUCAUUUUUUGUAAAACUUAUGUUUACAAGAGGAAAACAAAUCAAAACUUUUUUUUUGUAUUGUAUGGAAAUAGUUCACUCGAGUGUGUAUCUGUUAAUUUAUUUGUCAUCAAAAGAGCACUUUGCCUAAAAGAAAGGACUGACAAGUGUGCAAAAUGUUUACAAUCCUUUGUGAAACUGUAGUUUAUCAUUAGUUUGUACCUGUAAGUUAUUGUUAUAAAUAUUACCUGUAUUUUUUGGUUAUAUACAACUUUAUACUUUGAAGCUUGUAUCUGUGAAUUUGCAACUGAAAUUUAUUUUGCCAAUGUUCUCUGAAUGAACUGAAUAAAGCUUCUGUUGUAGCAUGCCAUGCAAACACAUUAUUGUGUUUGUGGUUGAUGAAUUAUAGCUGUAAAUAACAAUAUAGUUUAAUAGGCCCACCAUUCUAAGUUUAUUAAACAUUUUCCAUUCUUGUGAAAGUUUCAACCAAUUUAUCCUUUGUGUGUGUGUGUUUUCAGCAGUAAGUUGACUUUAGUCUCUUUCAAAUAUAAUAAC